AUGUCUUUUGAGCAAGACGCAUGCUUCCUCUGUAAGGAGGACCUCAGGGACCCUGUGUCCAUCCCAUGUGGACAUAUCUUCUGCUCCAUCUGCCUGAAGACCUACUGGGACCAUGCUGACCACACAGGCUCAUACCUCUGUCCGCAAUGCAAGGUCAAUUACAACAAAAGGCCUACGCCAAGACGCAUAGGAGGCUCCCGCUAUGGAACCCUCAACCGCAACUCCGAGCCCUUUCCGCCACCGCCUCCUUCUCCUGACUACAACUACGCUGGACCCCAGGAUGUAGGCUGUGACAUCUGCAUCGGCAAAAAGCACAAAGCCAUCAAGACGUGCCUGAUGUGCCUGGCUUCCUACUGUGAAAAGCAUCUGAAGCCUCACUUUGAGUCAGCUACCUUCAAGAGGCACAAGCUGGUGGAUGAAAUCGGCCACUUGGACCGGCAGAUCUGUCCGCAGCAUCAGAAGGGUCUGGAGCUGUUCUGUCGCACUGACCAGAUGUGCAUUUGUGUGCUGUGCACGGUGAAGGAGCACAAGGGUCACGACAUGGUGUCAGCUGAGCAGGAGAGAGCCGAGGAGCAGCAAAGGCUUGGUGCCACCCAGGCAGAGAUCCAGGAGAAGAUUCAUGACCGUCUGAAGCAGAUGGAGGAGCUCAAACAAGCUGUGGACUCACUCAAGAACUCAGCCCAGAGAGCGCUGCAGGAAUGUGAGAAGAUGUUUGGGGACAUGAUGCGCUCCAUCGAGAGGAUGCAGCAGGAGAUGGCCAAGCUGAUAUCCACCAACAAGAGAGCGGCACUGAGCAAUGCCGAGGGCCACAUGGAGCGCCUGAACCAUGAGAUCGCUGACCUGAAAAGAAGAGACAGUGAGAUCACCCAGCUGUCCCGCACUGAAGACCACAUCCACUUCAUCCAGACUUACCACAUGCUGAUAGCCCAGACUGAGGCUGAGGAACUGCCUUCAGUUACUGUCAACCCCUACUUCUCCUUUGGCCCUGUGACCAAGGCCGUGUCUGAGAUGAAGCAGCACAUGAACGAAUUCAGCAAUGAUGAGCUUGUGAAGGUGGCCAAGACAGUGAACAAAAUGAGCUUCUGUGAACUGGAUGAUGCCAAAAAGAAACGAUCAAUCAAAGCUGAGGAAGCUCCCAUGUACAAGUCCAUGCCGGUCAGAGAGCCCCAGUACCGGGAUGACUUCCUGAGAUAUGCCUGCCAGCUCACUCUGGAUCCAAAUACGGCCUACAGACAGCUCUACCUGUCUCGUGGAAACAGGAAGGCCACCCUCAAGAGAGACACGCAGUCCUACAGCGAUCACCCCAACAGGUUCGACUCCCUGCCUCAGGUUCUGUGCAAAGAGCCCCUUGCUGGAAAUGCUUUUUACUGGGAGGUAGACUGGAGUGGGGAGGGGGCAGCCAUAGGAAUUGCCUACAAAGGCAUCAAGAGGACAGGCUACGGUGACCACGCCCGCAUCGGUCACAACCGUAAAUCCUGGAGCUUCUUCUGCUCUGACUCCAGUUACUCGGCCCGCCAUAGCAAGGACCAAGUUGAGAUCAACGCUCCGUACUGCCCCCGCAUCGGGAUUUUCCUGGACCAUGUUGGAGGAACCCUCUCCUUUUACGCUGUGGGGGACACCAUGUCUCUCCUCCACACUUUUAAGGCCUCCUUCAGCGAACCUGUUUAUCCAGGGUUCUGGGUUUGGUAUGAGUCUGCUGUCACCAUCGUCCAACUGUGAAUACAUUACAAAUCAAUGAGUAGGAAAAAUAUUAACACAAACUACUUUUCCAAAAAGAUUUGAUUUAUAUAUAUAUAUAUAUAUUUAGAUUUUUUUUCAAAGAGAGAUGUAGAAUUUUUUUACAUGUGUACUAAUCAGGGGAAGUGAUUUGUGAUGAAUGUGAAUAAUCUUUGAAUGAAUGUAAAGUUUGAAAAGAUGAAAACAACUUACUGCAGUUCAAACCUAUUUUAGUCAUUUUGUAUCUGUAUUUUAUCAAUAAACAUUUGGUUUCAUGCUGUGAUUUUUCAUCCUUUUAUUUAAGUAAAACUUAUUUUACCACAA